GUUCGGCCAAUCAGAGGCGGCGGAGAUGCUCGGCUCUGCUAUAAAUCCGAGCUGGACGCAGUGGGGGAAGCAGGAAUGAAAAACAAUAGAAACCCGCACACCGACAACACGUCUGGACACUCUUUUAAUCUCUUGAUAUUUUCCUUCACUUAACAUCAGGGUUCAGGGUCAAGAAAAUGGCCACCUCAGCAAGUUCAAAACUGAACAAAGCUGUUAAACAGCAGUACAUGGAUCUCCCUCAGGGGGACAAGGUCCAAGCCAUGUACCUCUGGAUCGAUGGGUCUGGAGAGGGAUUGCGCUGCAAGACCAGAACUUUGGAUUGUGAACCAAAGACGAUUGAGGAUCUUCCUGAGUGGAACUUUGACGGCUCCAGCACCUACCAGUCAGAGGGCUCCAACAGCGACAUGUUCCUGAUCCCUGUGGCCAUGUUCAGGGACCCGUUCAGGAAAGACCCCAACAAGCUGGUGCUCUGUGAGGUGCUCAAGUACAACCGCAAGCCAGCAGAGACCAACCUGCGCCACACCUGUACACAGGUCAUGAGCAUGGUGGAGAACAACCACCCGUGGUUCGGCAUGGAGCAGGAAUACACGCUCCUGGCUGUGGACGGGCAUCCCUUCGGUUGGCCCUCCAACGGCUUCCCAGGACCCCAAGGGCCUUAUUACUGUGGCGUUGGAGCAGAUAAAGCGUAUGGACGAGACAUCGUGGAGGCGCACUACAGAGCCUGUCUGUACGCCGGGGUUCAGAUCUGUGGCACCAAUGCUGAAGUCAUGCCAGCUCAGUGGGAGUUCCAGGUGGGGCCUUGUGAAGGUAUUAACAUGGGGGACCACCUGUGGGUUGCUCGCUUCAUCCUUCACAGAGUGUGUGAGGAUUUCGGUGUGAUCGCGUCCUUUGACCCCAAACCAAUCCCAGGGAACUGGAACGGCGCCGGCUGCCACACCAACUUCAGCACAAAGGAGAUGCGAGAGGACGAUGGACUGAAGAUCAUCGAGGAGGCGAUCGAAAGACUGUCAAAGCGACACAUGUAUCACAUCCGGGCCUACGAUCCCAAAGGCGGGCUCGACAACGCCAGACGCCUCACCGGCCAUCACGAGACCUCAAACAUCGACGAGUUCUCGGCCGGCGUUGCCAAUCGCGGCGCCAGCAUCCGCAUCCCUCGCUCGGUGGGGCAGGAGAAGAAGGGCUACUUCGAGGACCGCCGUCCGUCCGCCAACUGCGACCCGUACGUUGUCACAGAGGCUCUGGUGCGCACAUGUUUACUCAAAGAGGAGGGAGAGGGGCCCACAGAAUACAGCAAGUGAUCAGUCUGAGACCAAGUGUCGUCACCAGUACUGUAUUUAGCCUGGUCUGCUUCGAGAUGUAAAUGAUUCAUCGUUACAUUGUGAAUGUUUUACUUGACGAAUUAAAUGAUAAUUGAGGUAAUCCUGCAUUCAGUUGUACGGAGCGAGUUUUUACCUCGGGCUUGAACACUGCCAUUUUGCCAGCACAUUGAGUCGUGGUGUCACGGUAGCUGAUAAUUUCCACAGAAUUACGUCGUUUAAUGUGUUUAACUUGUACUAAUGAUGAACUGUAUCUCUUGUAACUGACCCAAAGGAUCCCAAAGGCAUUUGAAUGUUCGUAUCAGUCUUGGCCUCACAAUCGUGGCUUUAUCACGUUGUGGAUAAAUAAGGUCAUGUUAGACUACUUUUGUAUAUUUUUUUUUAAUAAUGCAUGUCUGUUUUUUCACUUGUAAUUGUCACGUGUAAAAAAAAAACCCACUUUAAUAAACAGCUAACAUUUUUA